GAAACUAAAAUCAACUUGAGUAACAAUGCAAGUGAAAUGAAAUUAAAAAUCUUAGAAGAGCAUCAGAAAUUAAUUGAUCGUGCGCCAUUUCAUCAAUUACAAAUUGAUAAUGCUAACUGUCUUAAUACCAUUGAAGGUAGAGAAAUUUGUGAAAAGUGUUAUAAAUCUCGAAAAUUCUUUUGUUACUCUUGUUAUUUACCUGUCAUUGAUAAAAAGUAUAUUCCACAAAUUAAGUUACCUAUUAAAAUUGAUAUUAUUAAGCAUAUUCAAGAAAUUGAUGGUAAAAGUACAGCAAUUCAUGCAGCUAUCAUUGCUCCAGAAGAUGUCAAAAUUUACACAUACCCAAAUUUUCCAGAAUUUUCAGAAACAGAAAAGGCAGUUCUUAUUUUCCCUAGCGUAACAGCAUUAAAUGUCAAAGAUUUAUUCAUAUUGAAAAAAGAACAAAACAUUGAAACUAAUACUAAAAUUAUAAAAAAUGAAUUACCAAUAACCAGAGCAGUAUUUAUAGAUAGUACUUGGCAUCAAACAAAAUCAAUAUACAAAGAUCACAGAUUACAAAAUCUUCCUUGUGUUAUUUUAAAGUCUCGAAUAUCACAGUUUUGGAGACAUCAAAAAAAAAGUCCAAGGUGGUAUUUAGCAACGAUAGAAGCAAUUCAUCAAUUCCUUGUUGAAUUACAUACGUGUGCAUAUGGAAAAAUCGAAAAUUAUUCAGAAGUCGAAGGCAUGUCAUUAAUAAGUGAUGCAAAAACAAUUGUAACUGAAUUAGACUUGUUUCAACCUUACAAUGGACAAUAUGAUAAUUUAUUGUACUUUUUUAAGUACAUGUAUGAAAAGAUACAUCUUAUAUACGACCAUGAUAAAUUGUGGGCUUACAAAAGGCCUUUAAUUUAGUAUUGUUACAUAGGGAAUAAAUAAUUUUAAU